AUGGAUUCCGGCGACAAGAACAGCAUCUCUGCGAAGAAGCAGGAGGAUGUCCUGCACGUCGAGGAUAUCAGCGACGUCGACAAGGCGGUGGUUGACGACUCGAUUGAGGAGACAGAGUGUGGCAAGAUGGCCUGGUUCAUCUCCAUGGCCGUCUCGACGGGUGGAUUUCUCUUCGGCUACGACACUGGUGUCAUCUCUUCGGUCCUUGUCGUUAUCAACGACGAUCUAGGGCAUACGCUGUCGUCCAGUCAACAGGAACUCAUCACCUCGCUGACUUCGGGCGGCGCAUUAAUCGGCGCCAUCGCUGCUGGUACCACGGCUGAUAAGUAUGGCCGGAAAUUCGGAAUCUACCUUGGUUGUCUCCUCUUCAUCGCCGGAUCCAUCAUCCAAGCAGCGUCCUAUUCGCUGGCACAGAUGAGCGCUGGAAGGUUUAUCGUUGGACUCGGAGUCGGCAGUGCUGCUAUGAUCAUCCCGUUGUACAUUGGCGAGAUUGCCCCGGCAAGAUACAGAGGAAGGAUGAUUGCAUUCGACAACAUGAGCGUUACGUUCGGACAACUCAUCAGCUACGCAUUAGGAGCGGCUUUUGAAAACGCUACACACGGCUGGCGAUACACUGUCGGAAUCGGCGCUGCACCGGCCAUCCUGCUCGCCCUGAUGCUGCCAAAGUGCCCGGAAAGUCCCCGCCAGCUCAUUUCCCACGGCAAACUCGACGAGGCAGGGCAGGUCAUCCGCAAGAUUUUCCCGAAGGCGACGGAUAAGCAGGUCAAGGACAAGGUGCAAUUGAUUCUGAACUCGGUGCACCAGGUCACCGCGGCGCUGGAGGACAAGACGCUGUGGUGGCAAUUCAAGCAGCUAUUCAGCGUGUCGGCCAACGCCAGGCCUCUGAUCAGCACUUGCGUCGUUAUGGCCGUGUCGCAACUCGGAGGCUUCAACACGCUGAUGUACUACUCGGGCACGCUCUUCGGACUCGUGGGAUUCAACAAGCCGGUGGCAGUCAGCAUCGUCGUGGGCGCGACCAACUUCAUCUUCUCGCUCGUGUGCAUCACGCUGCUCGACCGGUUCGGACGGCGCAUCGUGGUGCUCGUGACGUGCAUGGGCAUGUGCAUCUCGCUCGUCAUCGCGGCCGUGGCCUUCAGCUACAUCCCGAUCAGCAAGGACCUCGUCGUCGAGUCGCGCGAGAUCGGCUGGCCCGGCAUCCUCGUCCUCAUCACCAUCAUCUGCUACGUCGCCUUCUUCGCGUCCGGCGUCGCCACCAUCUCCUGGGUCGGCACUGAGCUGCUGCCCGUCGAAGUGCGUGCGCUGGGAACCAUGGUGAACACGGUUACGUGCUGGGGCUGCAACAUCAUCAUCGCGUCGACGUUCUUGUCCAUGAUGAAGGCCAUGACGGCCAGCGGCGCCUUCGGCUUCUACGCCGGCAUCUGCUUCGCCGGCUGGCUGUUCCUGCUCUUCGGCUACCCGGAGGUCAAGGGCCUGCCGCUCGAGAUGAUCCGCGACGUCUACAGCCACGGAUUUGGCGUCAAGUACGCUGCGCAGCUGCAGAAGGACAGGAAGAUUGCCGAGAGGGAGGGCCGCUCAAGGGCGAACGGUGGGUCUCAGUCCAACCCCGAUGCAUCUCACCCGCUCGGCAAAUCAUUGAGUCUGAUAUGCGGAUCUCUCACCUGGCUACGGGAUCACAAACGCCGGACAUUUGAAGAUGGCCUUUCUACCGACAACCUCGAUGAUGACGAGCCGGAAUGGAUGCUGGAGUAUGCUCGCGAGGAGAAGCGGCGCACUGCUUUGCAACAACGCGCAGACCUGGAAGAAAAACUUGCGAAGGUUCGAGCAAAGGAGAAGAAGCUGAAGGAGAGAUACGCAAAUGGCGAGCCGCGUUUCAAGCGACAGAAAACUUCUGCCGCCGACCCCGAUGACGACGGUGAUGAUGAGGCCCGAUUCUUACUUGACGACUAUGAGAGUGAAAAUGAGGCGACCGACAAGAGCAGUUCUCGCCGAGACCCCGAUUCUGGAUUCUCAGCCGAAACCCAAGCCCUCAUGAAAAAGCUGGGCAUGCCAGUGGGCAGGGACGACAAAGACGAAGACGCCGAGGCCGUGGAUGAACUCAAAGUCUUUUACUGUUCUCGGACGCAUUCCCAGUUGUCCCAAUUCUCUGGCGAGUUAAGGCGCGUCAAGAUACCUCCAGCCAUCACACCAAACUCAAAAAAUGCCGAACCCGAAGCCGACGGCGAUGGUGAAGUUGCAGAAGCUUUCAAACAUCUUACACUGGGAUCCAGGAAGAACCUCUGCAUCAACCCCAAAGUUCAGAAACUCGGCAGCACCUCUCUCAUCAACGAAAAGUGCCUUGACUUGCAGAAACCAGGCACCGCUGCGGACCACAAAUGUCCUUUUCUACCAGCCAAGGAGACGGAGACUGUUGUGAACGACUUCCGCGAUCACGCCCUGGCCGACAUCCGUGAUAUUGAAGACCUUGGUGCCAUUGGAAAGAAGCUUGGUAUCUGCCCGUACUAUGCAUCGCGGCCAGCUGUCAAACCGAGCGAGGUAAACCGCCCAGCUUUCAAUGUGGAGUUGAUACCAAUGCUAACCAGACAUCAGAUCGUCACAUUACCAUAUCCCCUACUACUUCAAAGAACCGCACGGGAGGCUCUUGAUAUCAAUCUGAAGGAUCAUGUUGUCAUCAUCGAUGAAGCCCACAACCUCAUGGAUGCCAUUAAUGGAAUCUACUCCGUCUCCGUCUCCCUUUCUCAGCUGCAACGCUCCCGGAGUCAACUGACUACCUACCUUCAGAAGUUCCGCAACCGGCUCAAAGGCAAGAAUAGAGUCUACGUUGCGCAGACAGUCAGAUUACUUGAUUCUCUAGUGGGUUAUCUACAAGGCACAGCCGCUCAUGCCUCGGAAGAAGAGGGCGUGGUUCAGAUUGGAGACCUUAUGGUGGGCAAGGGUGUGGACCAGAUCAACCUCUACAAGCUAUUGCGGUAUCUGGACGAAAACAAGCUGGCGCGGAAGGUUGACGGAUACAUCGUCUAUACAGAAGAGCAGGAGAAGUCCAAAGACGAAGCAUCCCGAGGCUUAACUCGGCGGCGUGAGGCGAAGUCUUCCAUGCCGGUAUUGAUGCACAUCCAAAGCUUCUUCUACGCGCUCCUCAACCCCUCCGCCGAAGGCCGCUUCUUCUACGCCAAAAACGACGACGAUCUCGGGCUGUGCCUGAAAUACAUGCUCCUCGACCCAACCCACCACUUCCGCGAAAUCGUUGACGACGCCCGCGCCGUCAUCCUCGCUGGCGGAACCAUGUCUCCCGUCCGUCCACCCAUGAGCGACUACUCCGACUACCUCCUCUCCUACCUCCCGCCCUCGCGCAUCACGACCCUCUCCUGCGGCCACGUCAUCCCGCCCUCCAACCUCCUCGCCUGCCCCGUAACGACCGGCCCCAGCGGCGCGCCCUUCGACUUCACCUUCGAGAAGCGCAAUGCCGCAUCGACCAUAACCGACCUCGGCGCCGCGCUGCUGUCCUUCGUCGCCCGCAUCCCGGACGGCGUCGUCGUCUUCUUCCCCAGCUACGCGUACCUGGACCGCUGCAUCGACGUCUGGCGACGCACAGCUCCGCCUCCAUCAUCGGCGGCGGUGGCAUCCCGAGCGAAGAACAUGUUCGACGCCCUCGCCGCCGUGAAGCCCGUCUUCCACGAAUCGAAGAGCAAGGCCGCCGCCCCGGCCGGCAGCACCACGCAGCCGCCAUCGUCAGCACCACCGCCGCCGGCGGACGCCAACAAGAACUCCACCAGCCCGACCGACACCGUCCUCGCGGCCUACAGCACAGCCGUAGCAACAGGCGGCGGCCGCGGUGCCCUCCUCCUCGCCGUCGUCGGCGGCUCUUUGUCCGAAGGCAUCAACUUCAGCGACGCGCUGGGCCGGGGCGUCGCCGUCGUCGGGCUGCCCUUCCCGCCCGCGCACUCGGCCGAGUGGAAGGCGCGGAUGGGGCACGUCGCGAGGAAAGUCCGCGAGAAAGGCGGCAGCGCGGAGGCCGGCAAGGCUGCGGCGAGGGAGUUUUACGAGAACGCGUGCAUGCGCGCCGUCAAUCAGGGGAGUUUGAGGAACGGGAUGGGGGUGGAGGGGGUGGGGAGGGAGCUGGGGAGGUUUUCUGAGGGGAGGGAGGGGGGGAGGACGGGGUGA